AUAGACGCACUGCGCCAAAAGCAGUUCACAUUCUAAACUCUGCAGACAUGUCUCUGGGAUCGGUUAAGCCUCUGAUAAUCCUGGCCGCAAUGAUGGUCGCCUCUACCGAGGCAUUGAUGAAGCCAUUGCCUCCCUAUGUGGGCAUGCCCACCCAGGAUGGUCUGACCCGUCUGUUCUUCAGCUCUCGGGUGACGCGUCGCGAUCCGAUGAUUUCGAUGUCUUGCUUUGCUGGCUACAUUGGCGAAUCGAAUCUCAUUGCGGAGCAGUACAGUGGAGCCUACAGCGCUUGUCUGAAGGACGCGCAGAGAUCACGUCGCGGCAUCGACAUCGACUUCCUGCCAACUCGCAGGAGCAUCGAACUAUCUGCCGAAUCCGUGUGUAGGGCACUAACUAAGUGUAACAAGGUCAACGGCACGCUCGACUCCUUCAAUUGCCAUGCGGCAGCGGGCUCCAACAAUACGAUUUCCACUUACGGCAUUUCGGGCAAUGCCUCUGAGUCGGCCACAUUGCUGCAGGAACGCUAUCGCCUAAUCGAUCUGAAUCAUGAGAAGUGCAACAACAAGGCCGAGCGCAGCUACGUGGAGUCCACCGCCAGCAACUACAACUACCUGCAGGCCUGUCUCGAUGGUCGAAUGAGCCCAAAACCUAUACCCACCACCACCAGCAGCACCAGCAGCAGCUCAACAACGACAACGACCACAACGACAACGACGACCACCGAGGCGCCAACCACGGCGGAGCCAGUGACCACGGAAGCACCGGCCAAUCUCGAGGAUCAGUUCAAGCAGCUUUUAAACUUGCUAAACUAAUGCCAAAGCGCAUUGUCAACUUCUUUGGGAAGCUCUUCAAGAGCUAACCAUCUAACACUAGACAGCAAAUAUUUAUCAAAAUAUAUAUUUAAAGCACAUGUCAAAAACCAGAAGAGAUCAACAUUGUAUAAGCAGCAACAACAACUUUCUAAAUUCUCUAAGAAUUUCUAGACUGGAGAGAUAAGUUGAUAUUGCAUAACAACUACAAACUAUAUUAGCUAAAGAAAGUAAUUAUACUCUGAAGAAAAUGCCAAUUAAUAUAAGGGGUAUAAUGAUUUUCUAUAUCAAAUAUCUGUAACAUAACAUGAGAGCGAUCGGUAGAGUCAAUAAAGUAAACAUAUUUAUUUAAUUUUUUAAUAGGAA